AUGGCGACGGGUGUCUUGACAGUGGCUGUGGGUCGCGCAACACGUUUUUUACAAUAUUUAACAAGUGAGAAAGAAUAUAAAGGUGUGAUUCGUCUUGGCAUUACAACGGAUACCGAUGAUAUUACUGGUAAAAUUAGGACACAAGAUCCUGUUUCAUGGGUUAAGGAAAAAGCGGUACAUAUAAGUUUACAAAGAUUCAUUGGAAGAAUUGAUCAAUUUCCUCCACGAGUGAGUGCUAUUAAAAAAGAUGGAGUGAGGUGUUAUAAACUAGUGAGAGCAGAAAAGGACUUUGAGAUCGCGCCAAGACGAGUACAGAUUGAGCAAAUUGAUGUACAAAAGUUUGUAGAAGGAAAUUAUCCUGAGGUGACAAUUCGUGUUGUCUGUGGAGGAGGCACGUACAUCAGGUCAAUUGCACGUGAAUGUGGCGAGGCACUGGUCGUGCCACUCGAGCGAGUGGAUUCAACGUGCAAUUUGCGCAACCGUACUGGUGACUUUUGUGCUGGAGGAACGCUUGCGGAGCUCGUGCGGACUCGAAGUGGAAUCUUCACCAUCACCAAUAGCCUCAACUUGGAUGAGAUUCGAGUUCAAGUAGAGGGAGGACACUCCCCUCUUCAGUCGAUUGAAAGCAUGCUUCAGCAUCUUCCAUUUCUCGAAUUGUCUCGUCAAGCGGCCCAGCGUUGGUUACAUGGCGGUAUCGUGACAAUUUUGGCAGACGAAAUUGAAUAUGUGGAGCCUUACAAGCCUAUUAGAGGCAAGCCUAUUCGUAUUUAUCACCCAUCCUCACCAGAGCUGCUAGGUAUUGCGCAAGUGGACGAACAGGCUCACAACGAGUUUGUACUCAGAAAGCGUUUAUUCAUCUAA